AUGCAGUGCCAUCGAAACAAUGUUUUCCUUGGUUCCACCAUCCCCGUUGAUUCUGUUACCGAUACCCGUAUCGGUCCUUCGGCGGGAUUAGUUUCAAUUACGUCUUCCGGCUCGAACGCAGCAUCAGGACAAGCUUCUGCCUUGGAAGAUCUGAGUGUGGCUGGUCUUUCUUAUUCUGAUAGUGCUGCCAUUGGUACCGGUACUUUCGAUGCAAGAGAAAAUAAGGCUGCAUCCAGGAAUCAUCGGAACAAGCGCAAUUUUCGCGACAAGAAACGACGACGUAAAAUGGGAAACAAGAUCAUCCCCGGUCGGACAUUUGAUUGGGAUUGGCAACGGCGACACAAAGAGUUGCUACGUGCAGAAACAAUCAAGUUGGAGGAGGAGGAAGAUCAAGUGCAACAACAUAUUCAGCCGUCCACAAAAAAUCCUCCCAGGAUUUUGACCAUUGAUGAGAUGAGGGCAGAGAAUUGGCGGCUUACAGUGGAUCAGGACGAGGGGCAAACUGCAAAAGGUGAUGACCAUCAAAAUGCGUUGGGGGGCAAAGAAUCUUCUGUCCCGUAUUGCCAUGUUUACAAAUACUCCAGCCAGCUAUCGUCGCAGCAGACUCGGAUGGCAUGUCACGUCGGUUCUCAGUUCGCCAAACGGGUCCUGGAAGGAAACCAACACGACGAAGAUCAACAGCCACCAAAGAAAUUGCAACGAAUGGACCAGGACACUGCCAGAAUCCAAAACUUCAAGGCUGCAAGAAUCCGAAACCUCCAGACAGCCACACUCCCAGAGCCUUCAGAAUGCAUGAAAACAUGGUGUCAAGCAUUCUGUGAUCUCUACAGACCAGUGUUUAGCGGCAACUGCGAACGAAAGCUGCCUGCUGUGCUCCAAGAUGGUUGUCGUUAUCAGGUCUUAUCUGCAAUCCAAGAUUUGAAAGUGUACGACACCACAGAAGGCCUUCACAUACCCAACACGCUGACUCUUAUUCCACGACAAUCUGCAAUAGACAACGCACCUUCUCCACAACUUGGAUUGCUGGCUGAAUACGAGGCUUUCGCCCAUUUGGAAAAGACUGCAAACGAAAGCAGGGUUGCUAAAACAGCGGUUACGAGAAGUUCCAAGCGACACGUAUUCAAAGAAGGGGGUGUUGAUGACACUGCCACUAAGUACCUCAACAUUGGAGUGAAAACAAAUCAUAAAAAAGGUGGAGGGCUUUUUCAGCGGAUAAAGGGUCUCGACAAUAACCAGAGACACCACCAAACCAUUGGAGGAUUCGUUCGCAGCAUAGAACGACAAACUUGCCAAUGGCUCCUAGAACACGACCUGGCCUUCCUAGCAGGUGUCAAGACAGAGACCAACUUCCCAGGAUUUGACUGUGGAGAUGGACAGCAAUCCCAAAUAUUUCCAGCCAUUGCCUUUGGCAGGAACGUCUUUUUGAAUGUGCAUACGGAUCAAGAUUUCUUUUGGUCCGCCACGACUGUGAUUCAGAAAGACAUGCCAUUGAAGGUGCACAAUUCUCCAAUCUGCAACUACUUUUGCUUUCCGACUCUGGGCAUUAGUGUGGCCCUCCGGCAUGGCGAUAUCCUUCUGUUCAAUCCACUCGUACCACACUGCAUUUCGUCUCGUUGCGACGUCACCAAGGACGAGUUCUGUAUUUCCUUGUACUUGAAGACUGCGGUUGUAGGUGGCAAUAAUAAUAAUCCUCGCCGACAACAACACAACGAUGACGAUACCGGUACGGGAAGAGCCAGCUGCGAAUCCAGUUCGCCGGCGUCCUCGUGCUCCCCACCGGUAGGAUAG